AUGUAUUAUUCGGAAACAGAUAUACAGUUAAUUCCCGUCAAUGAAGGCCAAACACUUGUCGUUUUAAUUUCUUUAUAUACGGAUGAUAUCAACUCAAUCAAUGAUAAGGACAUGACAGUUUUAAUAAACGCCAAGACAGAGCAACAGGCUAGCAACUUUUCAAUUGUGAAGACUACUUUUAUAUUUAAGCGACUAAUACUCAACAAACUAUCGCAGAUUUGCAUUCAAAGCCGGGUCGAGUCGCUCUGUGUGUUAUGUGUUUGCUUGCAAUCAGUUCUCAAUCUGUUAGUGUACGCCAAGAGUUACCUGGACUUUCAUACAUUACUACAUAUGGAUGUUGAGGUAGAAAACGACAAAACAGAGACUCAGAAAUUGAAGGAAAAGAAGAAGAAAUUGAAGGAAACCAAUCAAAAGCAAGCCAUUAGUCCCAGGUGUUUUAGAGGUGAGGCCCGUUUUGGCAAUCAAUAG